AUGGCGGAACUAAGAGAAAUGAUGACGGCGCGAAGAGAUGGUGGAAGGAGACAAUUGGAAGAAGUAGUAGGGGAAGCUGGAAAAACACCUUUUGCGAGAAAAAUACAACUCGCAAUAAUACCACCUAAAUAUAGAUUACCCGUAUUCAUUAAUAUAUUUGAUGUAAUUACAUGCGCGGUACAACAUAUAAAAGCCUAUAACCGAUCUCUAUUGCAAUGGGAAGAGAACGAUGCGGUAUUGUGUAAAUAUUUCCCAACGAGCUUGACAGGAGAAGCUUUGCAAUGGUUUGAAGGGUUAUCAGUGGGAACUAUUAGAUCAUUUCGUCAUCUACAAAACGUCUUUUUGGGACAAUAUAUUAGCAAUAACAUGUCACGUCCAGGAAUUGAAAAGGCGUUCAGUCUUCGCAGGAGGAUAAAUGAGAGUUUGCGUAAUUUAACCACGCGCUGGAGAACCAUGUGUAGUGAAAUGGCAAGACGAGUAGAUGAGAGAAAUCUCAUAUUAGCUUUCAUCAACUUGCUCUUUCCUACAGAUUUACUGUAUACGCAAAUAUUCGGGAUAAAAUAUACAAUAACUAUGUCAGAGCUGCGCGAAUAUCAAGAACAAUAUAUAGAACUAGAGGAGAAGCAGAGAGAUAUGGAGUCUUACCCAACUGCGAUCUCAAAUUCGAAUGAAAGGAAUGCAAGUUUACUUCCAAAUAUGACAAAUGUUGUUGCGGGCACAUCUCAAGGAAGUCAAGGAAAGAAAAACUUGGUAGAAUACAAAGAGGAAGGACAAAACCUUGUAUCCAUGGGAAGUAAAGAUCAAAAGGAGUUCGAGAGAGAGUAUCAGGAAAAGCAAUUUCAGAAUCAUGGAGGAAAUAAUAAGAUUCAAAGAAUAGAUAAUCAUCCUGAAGGUUAUGGAGGUCAACAACCGUAUUAUAAUGACGUCAAGGAACUGGUAAAGUGGUUUGGGAGCAGAUAA